UUUUACCAAAGGAUGUGUGAUUUGGAACGAGGAUAAAUUUUGAAAGCAUUAUUUAUAUAAAAGGAACACUCUCCAAAAAAGUGUCUGUGCUCGCAAGAUCGAAGAUGUGCCGAGUGAUGAAUCGCGGAUUGGCAGUGGUUCUUCUGUUCAUAUUGUCAGAUUCAGUAGCAGAAUCAGCAGAAGUGAUCCAAAAUGGAUUGGGAAAGCUAAAGUUUACUUCCUUCCAAUCUUGCACGAUUCCUGAGUCGAAAGAAUACUACUACACCUCAUUUGAUGGAACAAAACGAUUUCUUCCGAAAACUGACAAAAUAGAUGGCAACGGUCAGCAAGCGGUUAGGGUCAAAUGUUUCGAGUCCUCCAAGCAAAGCAAAGCAUCAGAUGUGGUUGUUUGUUUCAAUGGAGAAUGGUUUCCCAGUGACCACGGCUGUGUGACUAGAUCUUGCGAUCCAGUUGCUAAUACGACUUCAACCAACUACACGUGCACUACAGCCGAGGGUAGAGACAUCGCUUGUGACACACCGGUCCCGAUCAACUCCAAAAUCACCAUUCACUGUUCACACUGGAGAUAUAUGAACCCCAACCCCAAAAACACUAGCAAGUUAUGUUUGGAAGAUGGAAGAUGGGAGAAGUGGGACACUUGCAUACUUGAAUGUGGUGGAACACUUGUCAAGCCCCUUGACGACUUAUCAGAAAUAGCACUCUACCAGAACCCCUGGCAUGUUAUCAUUUAUCGUUUGGAAGAUAGCAAAUGGACUGAGAAGUGUGUAGGCACAAUUCUCAAUAAUUACAUGAUCAUCACUGCUCAUAUUUGUUUUGAUUUUAUGUCAUUUGAAGCAAAAUCAGCGAAAGUUGCAGUAGGACAGUACUACAGAGAUUUCGAAACAGCACAGUCCUUAUCUCGCAUUUAUGAUGUAGUUUUGAGUCCGGUUAUGUUUAGUCCGUUGUAUGAAAUGUCACCCCUUGUCAUAAUCAUGACUGAGACCUAUAUACAUUACACUGACACAGUCGUCAAUGCGUGUUUCAACUUCAAACCAGUGGGAGAAAUUGAUAGACUUCUAUGGAAAAAUCCAAUAGAAUGGCGAAUUGCGAUUUUGAGAAAAGACUCAGGAUCUACUUUAAAGGAAACAGAAAAUAUGUUGGUUGCUUCCAAUUCAGAAUGCCUGUCUAAAUAUGCCGAUCAAUUGAAAGGAAAACGACUACGUUCUGACCAGUUCUGUGCCGUUUUUAAAAGUCAAAGACAAUUCAAUACCACCGACAUUGGAGCGGGUCUCAUGUCUCUUGUCAUAUCACGGGGUAAGUCGAAGCGCUUCUACUUGAGAGGAAUAUUGGACGGUUCAAGUGAAGAUGGUGGAGUUUUAACUUUUACCGAUAUUUGGAGCAUGGAUAACCAGAUUUUUCUCCACUCAGCUAUAAAUGAAUUCAGAGAAACACAUGAGCAUGAUACUGGUUAAAAAAACGUUUUACUGAUUUUUACUUUUUAUGGUACUACCUAUCUAUUUAAUUAUACAAAGCAUUGGUGAGGCCUGUGGUGAGUUACGGAUCGGAAACAUGGGUGCUUACAGCUGGAGAUGUGCAAAGAUUGAGAGUUUUUGAAAGGAAGGUAGUGAGAAGAAUCAUGGGUCCUGUUUUUGAGAAUGGUCUUUGGAGAGGAAGAAAAAAUUUGGAAAUAGAGCAGUUCUUAAACAAUGAAAACAUUGUGCGGUUUAUUAAAGCUGGCAGAAUAAGAUGGAUGGGACAUAUGGUGAGAAUGGGAGAUGAAAGAGUAGUGAAAUGUAUAUGGAAGGACAGGAUAUAUAACAGAAGAAGAAAAGGUCGACCGAGAAAUAGAUGGACGGAUGAUGUGGAACGAGAUCUGAGAACGAAGGAGUUCGUAACUGGAGGGGGCAGGCCGAGGAUCGUGACAGAUGGAGAGGCUAUGUGAGGGAGGCCAAGGGUUGCAAAGACCUGUAGAGCUGAGGAGUAAGUAAGGUACUAUCAAGCUAUCAAAUAAAAAAGUUUUCUCUUAAUUUUAUUUCCGAUCAUUAACCUUUUGAGAUA